AUUUUGGGCAUGAAAAUCCACCCAAGAUUUUAUAUCCAUCAUUGAAUGUCAACUUUCCUCUUCCCCAACAAAGAAUUCAAAUCUUCCCGUGAGAUUGAUAUCCAAAACAUACUCUUCUUAUGUGACUUUCCUACCAUCAACUUUUCUGGGAUUUCUGUUCCGUUCCGUGGCAACUCUCACAUCUGGAUGCUGCCCUACCGAAAUCUCCAUUCCUGAAUUCUCUCUCACACUCUGCGCACAUCAGACUGGGAUUCCUGCCCAAGUAUUUCAGCACCACACCCAUCUACCUUCUACCGACUCUAUUUCGCGUCUCUCACAUUCAGUCCAACAUGGCCCCAUCUGGUCGAAACCGUGGGCGUGGCCGCGGGCGCGGCCGCGGAGGGUCACUGCCCAUACGUAAUGGUGACGCCCGCAUGCAGCGAGGCCAGAGUCAAGCACAGAAUAAUUUACCUAAUCCAAGACAGACAGAGGACGAUAUUCGAGCCCGAUCAGCUUUCAACGAAUGGAGAACCCUGCUUUUUAGUGACCCAUCCUACGAAAAUCUAGUUGCUCACCGAAAGCUUGCCCGCUUCUGGUCAAGUGCCUUGGGGAUCUUGAACAACAACUUCCGCGAGUGGCAUCAGUGGCUAGCCAAAGACUUGGUCAGCGACGAGCUGAACGGCCUGAAGUACGUGCGGGAGACUCUCAACUUCCAGGCAGAAGACGAAUCAGCACAGUUGGAUGUUGUCCAGCCAUUCCUCGAGGUUAUCACACAUCACGAGCUUCUGAACAGUCUUUCGAUUGAGGCACAUGUGGGAACUAUCUAUAGUUUCAUUUGCGGCUCAGACGGCACAAGAGCAGUUGACUUUAUUAAGAGCACAUGUCAAGAUCUUCUCAUACUGGCAACCGGAGAGAACAAUGAGAAAGCGCGAGAUCACAGCAAGCAAGUUCUGCGUCUUCUUAUCGAAGUAGUAGAGCAGCUCCUGCAGAAAGAGAUUAAGGCCCGCCUCAACGAUAACCUUGGCGAGAUAUUUACUCUUUUGGAUCGAGUUUCCGUUGAGCUAAACCCCGACGAUCCAGGCAAAGCAUCUUCACUUGUCACUCCGUUAAGAACAUAUGCUGGCCGCUGCGCAAGAUUGGCCAAAGGUCAAACUGAGUCCCAGCCAUCAGUCAUCCCAAGUCGAUCUUCUGUGGUUCAGUCCACAUUUCCUCUACAGCUCCCCCAGGCUGGCGGACGGCACGACAACGAUCAUGGGGAUAUCACCAAGAUCCGGCUGCUUCCUACAACUGCUGAGAUAAUGAGUAACGAGGCUGAAUAUCUACCUUCCACGAACUGGACUAUGCCGCACAUCUUUGAGGACCCUGUUCAGCGACAUCUGGACACUCACUUUCGUCUGUUACGGCACGACACGUUUGGACCAAUCAACAAGCUGCUUCAUGGCUUCAUAUUCAACAAAUGCUCUCUCCCCUGGCUGCGGAAGCAAGAGACCCGUGCUCAUGCUUACUCUGGGGCUCACUUGAAUCACAUUUUCGCGGAUAAGCGUGGUCUCGGUAUCAAUUUGUCAUUUCUCCAGCCGCCGGAGCUUCGUAAGCUACCACUGUUGGAGCAGCGCAAAUGGUGGGAGAGUUCAUCUCGUCUAGAUGACGGUGUACUUGUGGCAUUUGUUGUCUCUAAUAACAGCGAGACUUUUGUUCUAUUCUUUAUUGUAGCACCACAAGAUGCCCGGGGGAACAACAGCAAGGCCGACGGGAAAGCGGCCGAUGGAAAGUUUGGAAGCAAGACCCAUAUGCUGGUUCCCAAUCAAGGCCUCCCUCAAAUCGCGGUGAAACUCCUGGAGAGGACAGAAAAUGAGACAAAACUCUUAUUGAGGCUUUACGAUGAGCGCGCCGAGGGAUUUCUCAUCGAGUUUCCCUCAAUCAUCCCGGCCACAUUUGCUCCCAUAUUGAGGAAUCUUCAAACAAUGAUUGGAAUGUGUAAACUUGCAUUCUCUCGAUGGGUUCUACCAAGGGGACAAGAGGAACAGCAGGACUUGGCUACAGUCAUUCCACCACCUGAAUAUGCUCGGACAAGCGGCUUCAAGUUUCAAUUGGCCACCAUCACCACAGAUGGACACCCUCUCGAACUUGACCCCUCCAGCAGCCUGGCUGAUCACGAGGAGCUCUUGAGGGUGCUCGAGUCGCGGACUGGACUUGACAGGGGCCAAUGCGAGGGACUUACAGCCGCCCUUACCCGUGAGUACGCACUCAUACAAGGGCCUCCGGGUACUGGAAAGUCAUAUGUUGGUGUUCAGUUGACGCGUGCACUACUGGCAUGCAAGUCAAAAACAAGCCUUGGCCCAAUCAUGGUGAUAUGCUACACCAACCAUGCCCUGGACCAGUUUCUACAGCAUCUCAUGGAGGUUGGUAUUGACAAGGUCAUUCGAAUCGGGGGUCGGAGUCGGGUGCCAGAACUUGAGGGCAAGAAUCUGCGGGUAGUCAGCAGACAAGGCGAGCAAAAGACCAAAUUGGAGCAAAUGAUCGUCGGGAGAGCACACGGCAAUUUGGAGACGUACUCGGACGAUCUUGGAAGUUUGUUAAGACAUUUGCACAUACGACACAAGUCUAAAAAGCGCCCGGAUGGCAAUUCCUUGCGGCAUUUUCUUAAAAAGGAGCAUCGCUCUAUUCACGAUCAGCUCUUCAAAGCAGACGAGGAAGGAUUCACCACUGUCGGUUCUGACCCUUUGGAUGCUUGGGUCCGUCAGGGCCUAGCACGACAGGAACUUGACCAUGUUCCUUCGGAUGCUUCUGGCGACAUCAGCCAGCUCAUCCAGAGAGCUGAAAUCAACAUCAACUCGCUCACGGGUACUGAACGCCAGGCCUUGACCGGAGCUUUACACCGAGAGGCUCUUGAUUACUACAGUGCUGGGAUUAGCGCGAGCCUGGGCCAGAUGGAAAAAGAGCAGCAGAAUAUCAAGAAUGCCCAUCAGGAUGUUGAUUUACGAGUCCUAAGACAGGCAGACAUCAUUGGCGUCACCACCACAGGCCUGGCCCGAGAUAUCGAAAUGCUACGCUUGGUUGGUUCCAAGGUGGUGAUUUGCGAAGAAGCUGCAGAGGUGCUUGAGGCCCAUCUACUUUCCGCCAUGAUGCCACGAGUGCAGCACCUGAUCCAGAUUGGUGACCACCAGCAGCUGAGGCCGCAGAUUACCGACUAUGAUCUAAGCUUGGAAUCGUCAAAGGGUCUUCCAUUCCAGCUCAACCGCAGCCAAUUUGAGAGACGUGCAGUUGGUGAGUCAGGUAUGGCGCCUAUACCUUUGGCCAAGCUUAACAUACAGCGGCGAGCCCGUCCAGAGAUUUCAAGGCUUUAUCGAAUCCCACUGUACCCGGGUCUCAAGGACCACGAAAACGUUUUGAAUCAUCCCAACGUGGUUGGCAUGCGCAAAAAUCUAUUCUGGCUGGAGCAUGACCAUCAGGAAGACAAAGCAGCCGGCCAGAAUCGGUCGACCUCCAAGACAAAUAAGUGGGAGGUCGACAUGGUUGUGCCCUUGGUCCGGCAUCUGGUGCGUCAGGGUAUGUACUCUCAGUCAGAUAUUGCCGUGCUCACGCCUUAUGCUGGGCAACUGCGGAAUCUACGAAAAGCUCUGAGCAGUGAGUUCGACAUCUUUGUGAGUGACCAAGAUGAGGAGGCUCUUGCUGCGGACUCUCAUGGGAAGUCCGACUCGGAGGAGGCGACACCUCAAACAGAAUGGGACAAGCUAUUUGUUCGAAAAUCUUUGGCUCAGACUCUCCGCCUCGCGACCGUCGACAAUUUCCAGGGAGAAGAGGCCAAGAUAAUCAUCAUUUCGCUGGUGCGAGGCAAUCCGGAAAACAAGGUCGGUUUCCUGCGAACGUCGAACCGAAUCAAUGUUCUCCUCAGCCGGGCGAGGGAUGGUAUGUAUAUCAUUGGGAACAGCAACACCUAUCUCGCUGCAGGUGUACAAAUGUGGCGGGAUGUUUAUCAACUCCUUGAGGAGCAAGGCAAUGUCGGCAAUAAGAUCAGUCUCUGCUGUGAGCGUCACAGGGAAACACCUAUCGAGUGCGCCACCCCAGAAGACUUCCAGAUCAAAAGCCCCGAGGGUGGCUGCGCUCUCAGGUGUGACAAGCGACUCGAAAGAUGCGGACACCGCUGUAUGGCAAAGUGCCACUCAGAAAGCAUGCAUAAAGUAUGGAAUUGUCCCCAGCCGUGUGCCCGGAUUCGCCAAACCUGCACCCAUCCUUGUCGUAAUCUCUGUGGUCAAAAUUGCGGGCCCUGCUUGGAACCACUGGAUGGGAUCCAAUUGCCAUGCGGCCACAUGAUGAACAAGGUGCCCUGCUACAAGACCCAAGAUGUGCAGACGCUAAAGUGCAAGACUAUUGUGGAGAAGACGGUGCCUGGCUGCAAUCACAAGGUGAGAGUCAAAUGUUCCACUAACGUGGAAUCGGGCGCUUUCCACUGUCCAGUCCCAUGCGAAGAGCUUCUCGCGUGUGGUCAUGGCUGUACUGGGGAUUGUGGCAGUUGCACGACCAACGGCGACCAGAACGGGGGCGCUCCGAAUAAGAAGCAUGCUGUCUGCUCCGCUAUUUGCCAGCGGCCGUCCUCAACAUGCAGUCAUCAAUGCAAGCGGAAGUGUCACGGUGGCGAUGAUUGUGGACCAUGCCGUAAUAAGUGCGAAGUCCGUUGUCCACACUCGGCGUGUGGACGUAAAUGCAGUGAGCCAUGUACACCAUGCAUCGAGCCCUGUAUCUGGCACUGCGAGCACCAGGGUGCAUGUCCCAUGCCAUGCGCAGCGCCUUGCGAGAGACUCCCAUGCAACGAGCGCUGUACCAAGACUCUCAAGUGCGGCCAUCGAUGUUCAAGCGUUUGUGGUGAAGACUGCCGUGAGGGUUGUUGCCACCAGUGUCGGGACAAGGAGGACUCUGUCGUCGACUACAUUGAGUUUAAGACGUACGCUGAGAUCGACGUCAACGAGACUCCAGUGGUGGUACUGUCUUGCGGCCACAUCUUUACAGCAGAGUCCUUGGAUGGUCAUGUCGGCAUGCAUGAUGUCUACCUUGUCAACCAAAAUGGCCAGUAUACGGGAGUGAAGGACAUUUCGUCGGACCUUGCCAAGCCCGUACCCGGCUGCCCAGAGUGUCGUCGUCCCAUCCUCCAGUUCUCGACCAAGCGGUACAAUCGCGUCAUCAACCGCGCAGUCAUGGACGAGACUACAAAGCGACUGUUGGCCAAGGGCCGCAUCGAGAUCCAAGCCCUCGAGGCAGAGUUCCAGAGGACUGAGGAAAGCCUCCAAAAGUCGCGGAAUGGAGUUAUUGCUAGAAAUGUGACACCCGCGGAGCUCUCCAAAGUUCUCCAGAGUCGCUACGACCAGUCAUUUAAGCUGAUCAAUCGAGCCAAGGCACUUCAAAACAGUACGCGGACUGAAAACCAACCCUCGAAGAAACUGGGUGAUGCUAUCAACCAGAGAAAGCGCCUUCAAGGCACAAAGGAUCAGAGCCAUGACCACCCAAGCACCCAGCACGUCUUCGCGGUAGAGAAGGAUAUCUUUUACGGUGCGGCAAUUAUAAUGUACCAGAUGCAAGACGUCAAGCUGCGAGACACGGUGAGCAUCAAAAGCCGGAUCCGCAACGUCGCCAAGUCUGAGCAGGCGGCGGAAACCCCCUUCACCAAGGCGACCCGCGGCGCCCUCAAAACCUGCGCCGAGCUCAUCGGCGAGAGCACGGCGGACAGGUUUCCCCGCGCAAGCGUCCAGCUGACACUGUGCUACGCCAACAUGACCAAGGCGCUCGAGGCGUUAGUGGGUGGGGGCGGCAAGGUCGCUGAGCUCUCCGACACGGCGCGCACCCUGCUUGACGCCGCCCGCCGGCUGUGCAAGGAGCUGCGCUUCGACGGCGCCCAGAAGCUCGGGCUUGCGGUCGAGGACUCCCUCCGGCUGUUUGAGGACAGGUACGAGACCGUCACGGCCGCCGAGUUGGACGACAUCAAGUCGGCCAUGGUGAGCGGCCCUGGCGGCAUCGCCACGCACUCUGGGCAUUGGUACAAAUGCCAGAACGGCCACCCUUUUGCAAUAGGCGAGUGUGGAAUGCCCAUGGAGCUCGCUCGCUGCCCAGAAUGCGGAGCCAACAUCGGUGGUCAGGACCACAGCGCUGUUGCCGGUGUCGAACGAGCUAGUGAGAUGGAGUAGAAAUUGUCGAGUAUGAGGGCUUAGACACCUGUUCCAGUCUGUUUUAGUUUUGUCUUUUGGGUUUUCUGCAGCUUGCUGUUAACCUAUUUUUUUUUUUUUUUUUUUUUUUUUUUAGCUAAAAGGGGGUUUCUAUUUUCCGCGGCACGAUCGACAGGAGAGG